AAAAAUGUCACCAAAACAAUACAUUACAGAAACCUGGAUCUCAUAAACUUGGAUAACUUUGCACGAUGCCCCAAAGGAAAGGCCUUGUUGCACCACAGAACACGUUUUUAGACACGAUUGCCACACGUUUUGAUGGAACACACAGCAACUUUGUUCUUGGUAACGCUCAAGUUCGUGACCACCCGAUUGUCUACUGUUCGGAUGGCCUGAUUGAUUUGACGGGAUUCAGCCGUUCACAGAUAAUGUCCCGCUGCUGUUCGUGCAGUUUUCUUUGGGGAGAGCGGACGACCGAGGAGGCCAAACAACUGAUCAUGGACGCCCUACACAACAAACGAGAACUACAGAUAAAAGUAUAUUUUCAUAAACAAACUGGAUUCAAAAAGCCAACGAGUUUCCUUACUGCCGGCCUGGCAACCACAAUCACUGCAGCUGCAUUGGGCACACCGUCGUUUCGGAAAAACAAGUUGCUCGAUUACAUACAUGCACACAAAUCCCAAAUGCCCACCUCUCUAUUCGGAUCCGGACCAAAUUUCCCCAAUACUUUCCAGAGCAUGGGCACAUCAGACUACAGAAAUGAACUGAGGUCUGGCAACCAGUCCCCAAAGAAGCGAUUUUCGGCUAUACCAGAACUAUCAUCGUCAACAAAUUUACGAUCACAGUCUGCGAAUCACCGGAAGUUUAGUGCGCCGGAGUUGAGUGAGUGUGAGCAAGCUUUGAUAAACAAGGUUGACUCAUCUGAUAAACCUACGAAUUUGGCCGCACAGACUAUAUAUGUCUCAGACUCGGAAGGGGAACAGGAAGAAGAGGAGGAAUGCCAAGAUUCGGGUGCAUCUGACAGGCUGAGUACAGACGAACCAUCAACUACGUACAAGUACGAACGGCGGCGUAGUCGGGCAGUACUGUUUCAUCUGUCUGGACGGUUUGAUCAAAAUGCAAAAAGGAAAAACCACUUAAAGAAACCGCUAACUUUGAAAAACAUCGUCUUUCUACUCCCCACGCAGUUCCGGACAAUACCCGAAUACAAAGUGCAGGACGUUCAAGCAUCACGAUUCAUUCUACUGCAUUACAGCAUCUUCAAAAUCAUUUGGGAUUGGAUGAUCUUGAUUUGUACUUUUUAUAUCGCCAUCAUGGUCCCCUACAACGCGGCGUUUCGUCUCGGGUCUCGUGCAAAGAACUUGCUCAUCUGUGAUAUAAUUGUAGAGUUACUCUUUAUUAUUGAUAUCCUGCUCAAUUUCGCUACAACAUAUGUGAGUAAGAGUGGACAGGUAGUUUAUCAAAUUAGAGAGAUCGCAAUCCAUUACCUUCGCGGCUGGUUCUUCCUCGAUCUGAUUGCAGCAAUUCCAUUUGAUUUCAUCGACACCGUGGACGUUCGAGAGAGUGAUGGAUUUCGAAAUGGUGUGGGUCAGUGGAUCCAAUUGCUCAAAAUGGCCAGGUUGCUUCGACUGGCACGACUUUUUCAGAAGAUUGAACGUUAUUCACAGUACAGCACAAUUAUUCUUGGAUUGCUUAUGUGCAUGUUCUUCCUGAUAGCACACUGGUUUGCUUGCGGAUGGUACUGGAUUGGUCGGUUGGAACAGGAGUCUUCGACUCAUAGGGAGCACAGCUGGUUGAUGGAGCUCAGCAAACGGAUGCACAUGGCCAGCAUGAAUGUUAGUGACCCGCAAGCACAACAGGCCUUUUACGUGUCCAGUUUGUAUUUCACAACGACCAGCCUCACUUCCGUUGGAUUUGGAAACGUGUCUCCGAACACAGUCAAUGAGAAAAUAUUUUCAAUCAUCACAAUGUUGAUUGGAGCACUUAUGCACGCCGCCGUUUUUGGAAAUGUCACCACACUGAUUCAGCGGAUGUAUGCCAGACGAUCAGCCUAUCAGACAAAAAAUCAGGAUUUAAAAGACUUCACUCGGGCACAUCACAUUCCAAAACCACUCAAACAAAGAAUGCUGGAGUUUUUUCAGGCCAUGUGGGCCAUCAAUCGUGGAAUCGACAAAGAAGCAAUUAUGCAAUCAUUUCCGGAGAAUGUCAGAGGGGAUAUUGCUUUGCAUUUGAAUCGAGAAAUGCUAUCACUCUCCAUGUUCAAAACAGCCAGCCCCGGAUGUCGGAAAUGUCUAGCCCAACUGAUCAAAACCCGAUUCGCUACACCAGGCGAAUAUCUGGUAAAUCGUGGGGAUCUCCUGCGUCAUAUUUAUCUUGUGUGCAGCGGAUCACUGGAAAUAUUGGAUGUACAAGGAACUGUGGUUGGUCUGUUAGGAAAAUGUGAUAUAUUUGGAACGGAUAUCGAUGAAUUUCCAAAAAUGGGCUUUUCUGCUUAUGAUGUCAAAUCACUCACUUACUGCGAACUCCAGUGUGUUGCUCUGGACCCACCGUUCCAUCAACUCCUUGAACAAUAUCCAGUAUUUCAAAAAGAGUUUGCGGCAGCACUACACACAGAAUUGUCUUUCAAUAUCAGAGAAGGCUACGAGGCUGUGUCGCCCAGUGAGGUACUCCCCGCAAUCACUUUGAAAGCAAACGGGGCAGAGCAACAGGACCACAAAUCGGUCGAGUCAACACAGUCUACUGAAAUAUUUCAGCGACCAAUUAGUAGAAAAGGAGCAGAAGGUGUACGUCACUUUGCAAAUAUGCGCGCUGAUUCAGUUUACAGUUCCGGAAACUCCAGCAAUCAGAGUCUCACCAGUAAAGGCUUGCGUGAUUCGACUAGUGAAACAUACCUGCAGCGUUUAUCAACUUGCAAAGGAUCCCAGGAUCAAAACCCACCUACGUGUCGUAGAACAAGUGGAACGUCGGUGUGUGUGGACCCGUUUUAUUACAACCCCCAUUUAUAUGAAACUUUAGAUUUUAUCGAUGAUACAACUCGUCCACCUGUUUUGCCGACCACCGGAAGUUCGUGGGAUGCUUCACAAACAUUUGGUAUAAAUGGACCCAAUAACAUGCGAAAAACCUACUCCAAUAACGCUAAACCCACUGAAUUAAUUACCACAUCCUGUCCGAAUCUAUAUGAAAUUUGUGAAACAAACACCUCGGUACCCUCCAGCAGACUACAAUCUCUAAAUGAAGUCUCUCCAAUCAACGUCAGACGCAAUGAAACAAAACGGCAGCUAUCUCCUUGGCGCGUCAGUCGAACGCGAUGCAGAUGGCCGUCAACCAAAAUUACUGUUCAGGAGAACGGAUUUCUCCCAGAUGACGUGACAUCGUUCACGAACUUCCUGUGGCAUAUACAACGAGAACUUCGAUUACUGCAGCUUGAGGUGCGACAUCUCUCACACAACCUAACAAAAUGUCAGACAGAUUUAGGACACACUCACAAGAAUAAAAACGACAAAAGUACCACUGUCGAAUUUCCAACCGAACCAAACUACAAUAACUCCAGUACCCGUUCUGAGAUAAGCUCUCAUCAGACGCACAGUCUGCCUUCAGUCAAAUGCUCAACUUACACAGAAUUAUACAAGCCUGCUCACAACUAUGUGACCUCCCCUGUUGGCUUUGCAGAAAAAGUUAGCUCUCCCAAGGGACCAAACGAACAUCGUGUAGUUAAGUUCAGUCUGCCACCUCAAAAGCCCACA